UGGAGGCAGGUUGGAUCUGGGUGCUGCAACUCUAGUCAUGGUGCCCAGCUUUUUCUCCCUGAGCUUCUCUCGACUGGGACUAUGGGUGUCUGGAGUGAUCUUGGUUAUAGGCUUCCUCAAGCUCCUUCGCCUGCUGCUGAGGAAGCAGAAGUUGGCCAGGGCUAUGGACAGCUUCCCUGGGCCCCCCACCCACUGGCUCUUCGGGCAUGCCCUUGAGAUCCAGCAGACAGACAGCCUUGAUAAGGUGGUAUCCUGGGCCCACCAGUUCCCCUAUGCCCAUCCACUCUGGUUUGGACAGUUCCUUGGCUUCCUGAACAUCUAUGAACCUGACUAUGUCAAAGCUGUGUACAGCCGUGGGGACCCCAAGGCCUCAGAUGUGUACGAUUUCUUUCUCCAGUGGAUUGGGAAAGGCCUGCUGGUUCUUCACGGGCCCAAGUGGUACCAGCACCGCAAGCUGCUCACACCUGGCUUCCAUUAUGAUGUGCUGAAACCCUAUGUGGCUGUGUUUGCUGAAUGCACACAUGCCCUGCUGGACAAGUGGGAGAAAAAGGCUCAUGAAGAUAAGAGCUUUGACAUCUUCUGCGAUGUGGGCCACAUGGCACUGGACACACUUAUGAAAUGCACCUUUGGCAAAGGAGAAAAAGGCCUAAGCCAAAGGGACAACAACUACUACUUGGCAGUCAGUGACCUCACACUACUGACACAGCAGCGCCUCGAGUCCUUCCAGUACCACAAUGACUUCAUUUACUGGCUCACCCCACAUGGCCGCCGCUUCCUGCGGGCCUGCCAGAUCGCCCAUGACCAUACAGACCAGGUCAUCAGGAAGCGGAAGGAAGCCCUGAAAGAUGAGAAGGAGCGGGAGAAGAUGCAGAAACGGAAGCAUCUGGACUUCCUGGAUAUUCUCUUGGAAGCACGAGAUGAAAGUGGGCUCAGGCUGUCAGACACAGACAUCCGGGCUGAAGUGGACACGUUCAUGUUUGAGGGCCACGACACCACCACCAGUGGUAUCUCCUGGUUUCUCUACUGCAUGGCCCUGUACCCUGAGCACCAGCAGCGCUGUAGAGAGGAGGUCCGUGAGAUCCUAGGGGACAAGGACUCCAUCCAGUGGGAUGAUCUGGGAAAGAUGACCUACCUGACUAUGUGCAUCAAGGAGAGCUUCCGUCUCUACCCACCUGUGCCCCAGGUGUACCGCCAGCUUAGCAAGCCUGUCAACUUUGUGGAUGGCCGCUCGCUGCCUGCAGGCAGCCUGAUCUCUCUGCACAUCUAUGCCCUCCAUAGGAACAGCGCCGUGUGGCCUGACCCUGAGGUUUUUGACCCCCUACGCUUUUCUCCUGAAAAUAUGUCUGGACGCCACCCCUUCGCCUUCAUGCCCUUCUCAGCUGGGCCCAGGAACUGCAUCGGACAGCAGUUUGCCAUGAAUGAGAUAAAGGUGGUCACAGCCCUCUGUUUGCUCCGCUUUGAGUUCUCUCUGGAUCCCUCGAGGCUACCCAUUAAGAUGCCCCAGCUGAUCCUGCGCUCCAAGAAUGGUAUCCAUCUCCACCUGAAGUCUCUUAGUCGUGGGCCUGGGAAGUAGCUCUGUAGAGAGCAAGGCCCGAGAUAACCUAGGCAGUGGGUUCUCUCUGGCCACUCCCUUCAGGGUUGAUGUGGAGUGGUGGAGGCUCCCUGGCUUCGGGAGGCUUAUAGUUUGGGAGGGGAGUAGGCACUGACAUAGACAGCCUCCUAGAGGACAGUGCCACAUCAACAUGUAUGUCUACAAAUGCUUGCUAUGCAUGUAUUCUAGAACUGAUUCAUUCACUCAACAAAAUCAGCACCUAUUUGCUUAGAGGAACUUUGUGUCCCAUAAUUGGCAAUUGUUCUAAAAUGUAACAAAACAUACAUUCCAGCCUUAGUAAUUCACAGUGAUGCAAUGGAAGCUUUGCCUCCAGAUUCAUGGUAACACAUGACUCGGGGCAUUGUCCCUUCAUUGAGAUGUGUUUUUGUGUGUGUGUGUGUGUGUGUGUGUGUGUGUGUGUGUGUGUGUUUGGAAUAUAACAGACAUAAAGAAAAAUCAUAAAUAAAAACUGAACAAAAUAAUGGAUGAUUCUAAAGGAAACUCUCCCACGGACAUUGAAGAAUUUGGAAGAUGGUUUCUCCACAGGGACUCCUAGGAUGGGUCCCUGAGGCAUCCCUGCCAUUUUCAGUAGUGGUAUCUCACAAUGCUCUGAGCAUUCAGAGUGAGGCUGGGGAAGGAGGGACUUUCUGGGAGAAAGAAAGUCCUUCUUGAAUCAGGUGUUGACUUAUGGGUGAGAUAUGAAGGUGCCAAGAAGGACUUUCAGGGAGGACCUCAAACUGGGAACCACAUGAAGACCCCUGGGUGGCACCCAAGCUUAAUUCAAUUCACUUCACUUAUCUCUGGAUCUUUAGCUUUCAGACAGUUACCUGGUGUCAGCGGGGUUGAUGACCCUCUGAUGGCAGUAAACUCUGGUCCCAUUUCAAUAUUAAGGGGAGGAACCUGUGAUGCUUAUCUGGGAGAAAUGAGCUGAGGCCUCCUGACUCAGGCAUAUUUUGACCAAGACUCCAUUACUAGUACUGACAGUCUCCCUGAGAGUACGUCUGUGAAAAACUGAUCUGAGAGCUCUGGUGCCAGAGGGGAGGAGAGGCUACGUGGGGGAGGGAAGAUGGAGGCUGGGGCUGAUGGGCUUCACAGUUGACUUCUACUUAGUCCAUCUAGUUCUCCAAACGUACCCCUCUGUCUCCUGUAAUCCCGGGCACCCAUCUGCAUGUGUGCGUGGGUAGAGUGUGGAGUGUGUAACGGGUGUGUGUAGGAGUGGUUUACACGAGUGUCUCUGUGUUUGUGUUCUGGGAGAUGUGUACGUGAAUGUGAACUCAGCCUGGGUCUUGCCUAUUACUUGAAGCGAUCAGGGUCACUUUUUUGGUAACACACUUUUUUGGAAUCUUGUGGGUAGAACACCUGUCCAUGGUUGGCAAACCAGAAUUCUGAGCUUCUGUUUUCCUGUGCUCUCUAAGUAUGGCCAGUAUGAACCCUCUGUAUCACCUGAUACCAGGGAACCUGCUAAACAUCCUACUGUGACAUUCCCAGCUCAUUCUCCUGCCCUGACUCUCUCCUAUCCCCUUAGUCAAACACCAAAUGUCCAGCCCUUUCCUGUCCUUCUUCAGACCAGGACUGAACAGUUUAGUGACUUGGGAGGUUCAGAAACGAGGAAGGCAACCUGGGGAAAACCCCUUCCAGGAAGCAGAACACUGGAUAGUGAGGAAGCAGAGGACUCCAGGGAGGUCUGUCUGUGGCAUCCAGAGCCCUGAACUAGGAACGGUUCAAGGAAAUGGGAACCUGUGCUCAGAUCCAGCAAGAAAGGCACAGUCUGGUUUGAGAGAGGAUGACUGAAGUAGGGACACCAGCCCAGGGAACAUGGUGGGAGCACGUGGGGAUAUGGGUGCUGAAGAUCCAGAGAUAAGGGAAGCAGAUGCAGCUGUGUGUGGGCACCACACAGGGGUCAUCCCAGGGUGAAGAACACUAGCACCCAGGCAGUCACCAGAUGUGGGCAGGGGCAAUGAAGCCUCUCCUUGGGAUGGCCAGUCAUUUGCUAAUCUGGACUCCUCCCGGCCCUUGCUGGAAAACUGUCCACUCCUGAGCCUCCUGAGGAGGUUUUAGUUCCUAUGGGUGAAGAUGGAGGCUGGGACUGGUGGGCAUCAGGUGUCUGAUGCCAUGGCCUGGCUGGGCUCUCUUCUCACAUCUCACUGGGUCUGUGAAGAGCAGGGUCCCCAGGCAGGUGUGUUGGUGCAUACUUAUGAUUCCAGUUACUCUGGAGGCCAAGGCAGGAAGAUUGCAAGUUCAAGGCCAGUCUCAGCAACUUGAUGAUUCUCUCAACAUCAAAUAAAUAAAAAGGGCUGGGGAUGUAGCUUAGUGAUAAAGUGCUUCUGGGUUCAGUUCCUAGUACCACAAAAAGAAAAUAAAAAUAAUAAAAAAAGAAGAAGACACAAAAAAGGUCCCCCAGGUCUCAUGCCAGACCAGGACUACAAGUCUUUCCUGCUCAGCUCAGCUCAAGAAGGGCUCUAGCUGGGACCAUUCCUGAAAAAAUCUAGGAUGAGGAACACACCUUGAAAAGAGGCCUGGUCUCUUCUCCCGGUAGGUUUAAGCCUGUCCCUCUGAGCUCCCAGACAAGAGAACCUUUCUAAACUCAGUUACUACAUGGGAUCCUCAGCAGCUAGGGGGCACCAGGGGUCACAUGGGUGAGACUGCCUGGAGAGGUGGGCCAGGCAGGAGUCCUGGUACUACAGGACAGAUGUCAUCUCCUGUUCCUUCCUCAGAAAAGACCAGUCUCUGCCCUUCUCUCUUCCCCUCUAUCUCCUUCCAAGGAAAGAAAGACACUAAAUGUGACAUUGGGAACUUUAUUGCAGGGAGAUGGAGAGGCAUGUGUGAAAGAAAAUCAGGUAGAUAGGAAGCAUUCAGGAGAGGUUUAGAUAGACAGGUGAGGUGCCAUUUGGGGAAGGACUCUGCUAGGUUCAUUACUGGCUUCUAAUGUUGCUCAAGUACUAAACUUUAGAACCCAUGAAUAUUUUAUCCCAUACGUCAAAAGGAACUCAAGUUUUAAUUAAGUAAAGGAUCUUGAGAUGAAGAAAUUACAUUGGAUCACCUGGAUGGGCUUGAUAUAAUUACAAGGUUCCAUAUAAACUGGAAGGAAAUGUGAAAACAGUAAGAGAAAGAAGUUUGAAAACUAUGCUGGCUUCAAAGAAGGACAAGGGAUCCAGUACAGAGGAAAGCAAGGAAUGCAGCUUGAGACUGAGAAGUCAAGGGUAAAGAUUCUCUCUAAACCCUGCAGAGGAAGGCUGGUCACAUCCACAACUUCUCUCCGUGAUGCCCAUUUUGGAUUUCUGAUCCCAAAACUGUAAAAGAAUAACUUUCCAUUAUUUUAAACCACUAAGGUUGUGGUCAUUUAUAGCAGCAAUAGGAAACUAAGAGAAAAAUGAGCAGGUGGAAAGGGGAAAGAGGUGGAGGGCCAGGCAGGCUGGAGUUAGGUGCAGUCAGGGAUGCAGGCAGGUGGGAGAUAGGCAGACAGACAGAUAAGUAGGGAGCCUGGAGGCAGGUGAGAGGGGACAGGCAGAUGGGAAGAAAGGCAGGCAAGCAGGUAGGAAGCAGGAUGUGGGCGGAUAGGCUGGGAACAGGAGCAGGUGAUAAAAGAUGGCAGUUUGGAGGCCUUCAGAGCCUGCUCUUGACCUACCAGGGUUAGUGGAGUUUUCUGAGACGCAGGUGGAUCCCAUUCUUGGACUUCAAUACAAGUUGUGGUAUGAGAAAGGGGAUCCUGGUGGGAUCUGGCAGCAGCUCAAAGCGGAGCAGGGUCAGGGCCACAGCCACCUUCAUCUCAUUCAUGGCAAAUAGUUUCCCAAUGCAGUUCCUGGGCAGGGCAGGAACAAUGAAGUGAGCAUUGGUCUCAGGCCCUGUUCUGGGCUGGGCAGGCAGUGGUCCCUGAGCACCAGCCUAGAGAUGGACAUUCAGGGUCCUCUUCCAUGGGGCCUGUCUGACACCUUUACUUACAGGUCACACAUACCUCUACCCCCAAGCCUUGCUUCACACUUUCCUGAUCUUUAACAAGGCUUACCACUGUUUCAGGGCUAGCUCUGACCGUACUUCUGCUUUCAGAGGCAUGAAGUCUCUAUUGGGACAGUGCUAAUAUUCUAAGGGACAGAGUCCAAGCACAUGAAUAACUUAAAGAAUUAGUUUUUGGUUAGUACAUUCCAGUUAGGAGGAUCCAGGAACUGAGUUCCUCAUAGGGAAGCCAGAUAUCAGUGAAGAAGCUCCUAGAGUGGGUAAUGGUUUGGGGAUCCUCAAGCUGCAGCCCCAUCUGCCUCCCACAGACUGGUUAGGUUCCUGCCACUCUCUAACUCCCUCAUUCCACUAGGAUCUGUAGCCUUCUCAUUACAUUCCAGAAAUGUCCCCAUUUGCCAUCUUCAUCUGAAGGUUGAAGUCCUCUCCUGGACUCCUCUGGUAUUGCUGCCUCUCUCCCUACAUGCUGAAGCCUCAGCCCAACUCAGAACUUCCCAUGCCUUCCAUCAUGCCCUCCAUGUCCAAAUGCCCAGGCUCCCUCCACACCUCUCUCUGGAUUAUUGCCUUACCCACCUCUUGCCUCUCUGGCCUCACUUCCUAGUUCAACUCAUGCUGUUGUGAUCACAGAGAAUGUUCUCCUUCCAUCUCUGCCUGCAUACCUUAAAAGCUCAGAUUAGUGGCCAGUUUGCCCUCACCCUUGUGCUAGCUGCCCCUCUCCCUCCCAGACCUUCAAGGUGCCAUCCAAGCUUUAUUUAAGGACACACCAUAGUUCGGGGCCAUUCUGGACAGUGCCAGGGAUGUGGAAUAUUCCACAAACUGCUCAUUGAGUGAUGAGUGAGUGAAAGAAUGAAGAAGGGAAAAAUGUGUCUUAAGCAUAGGUAUUUAUUUGUCUCUAGAGAUUGCAUUUUCUUUCUUUGAAUUCUUGGAGUCAGGGACAGUAUCUUUCAUCUCUAUGUUCCUGUCACCUAGCCUAUAUAGAACCUGACACAUAGAGGCUGGCUUAAUGAUUUAUUUUACACUGACUUAAGUUAAUUAAUGUCGCUUGAGUUUAAAAAUUCAGUUCACUUGAGUUUAAUAAUAGAAUGUAAAAUAGAAUGGAAUACAAUGAAAGGGAAUACAGGUUUUGACCUAAAAAUUAAACUAUGCGACACUCUCCUGCCCUCUAGUGGUAGCAACAUGACUUGCAGUUAUUGUAGGAAGAAGUAUUCAAUCCUGGAAUUAAAUCCCAGAAAAUCAAUUUCUGGAAAAACAAUUUGCUUAAAGCCUGUUCUGUGAAAGCUGAUUUACCUUUUUUUUUUUAUGGUGCUGGGGAUCAAACCCAGGGCCUUGUGCUUGCAAGGCAAGCACUCUACCAACUGAGCUAUCUCCCCAGCCCGCUGAUUUACCAUUUGAAGGAUUCAUAGGAGUAUGAGCUGAGAAAAGCCCAUUUUUACUAGCUUUUAAUAAAAUUUAUAUGAUCUUAUGUCUCACUGGAAGAUUUUGGCAGCUUUUGUAGAUGACCACAGCAGCCUUUUGGAGUGUAUUGUCCUGCUGCUUCAGGGGGGCUUUAUGUUGCACACACUGGGAACCUUUCAAAUGCUAUGUGCCACAUACCAAAUAGAGUGGCUUUCUCUCAAAGGCAGUUUACUGUCCUCAUUUUUAUGCUUUUUGUCUGAAGUUGGAUUAUAAGUAUUUCAAGGUAUGCAGAUCUUACUUCACCUGUCAAAUUGUGACAACUGGGAAUGUUGUACAAGGAACAUGAACAUUGACAUGCAGUCAAACAUUGUGUUGGGAGAGACUGCAAAUGCUGAGGCUAAGAAACCAUACACCCUGGUGUGACACUUUCUUCAAAUAGCUAACUUUUCAAGUAUCUAACUGAAGAGUUGGCACAUUCCAGGCUUUGGGAAAACAAACACUGGCAAAGUAGUCACUUUCUUCAGUGAUCUGAGGAUUGGUGACCCAAAACAGAAAGGGUGGUGGGCUGAAUUGAGAAUGUGUGGGAAGAGAGGGAUUCAUCUGGUAAGAAUCCUGGCAACUGAAGUGAAAUUUAUAAGGGAAUUUCUAAUUCACAAAGUCAUAACCCUAAAGUGAGAAAAACACCAGAACAUGCUGAUGUGUGGAACACCCACUGACAAUGAAAUUUGUCUGACUCCUGGGAAGGGCAGUGGAUCAACAUCUCCGUGGUGCGCCUGCCGUGGUUCUUUUGUGCACUGAAACAUGCAAAUGAGGUUUCUUUGCCAUAAAUACCAACAAACAAUGCCAUACCUGAAGAUGCUGUACAGUAACUUAAGGGAUCAUAAACUUUGAGAAGAUGCCCAGACAUGACUCCUCUUUUCCCCAUCCCAUGACCAACCAGUACAGGACCCCUCACCUGGCUCCUCCUGAGAAAGGCAAGAAGGAGUGGCUGUGUCGGGUAGAAUCGGGUGCAAACCGGAAAGGGUCAUACACCUGCAGAGAGAGCAGCAGGACCAGGAUAGAUAGAGGUCAAGCUCCUGAUUCUAACCCAUGCAGGGACAGGAUAUCAAGAAGUGGGUGUAGAAGGAGGUGGUGUCCUCAGAGAUCAUCCCCUCCCAUCCCCUAAGGACCUCCAUACCUCUGGGUUUGGCCACACUUUUGAGUUGUGGUGAAGGCCAUAAAAGGACAGUACGACUGGGACACCUGUGGGGCAGAAGAAUGAUUAUGCCCAUGGGGUGAAGCCCUGGUUAUUCAGCCAGCAGGGGACAUGCAUGUACAGAAGGCCUGGUGCUCUAAGUCAUGACUUUGAGCAGGAUGCUCCUGUUAUGAAAGAUGUUGGAGGACUUGGCAAAGCACCUGAGUACUGGCAAGGAGCAGAAAACCACGAAUCCAAGAGAGAGAAGCAAGAAAGCACUGUACCUUUCUUUUUGGAAUAAAUGUAGGAAGAGCUUAUAUUUUUGAAAGAUUCCCACUGAGGAGUAUACAUUAAUUCAUUUGGUUCUCACAACAACCCUCCAAGGAAGGUGGUUGGAUCCCUGUUUUUCAGAUGAGGCAACUAAAUUUCAGAGAGGAAUUACCUAUGAUCACAUAGGUAGGAUGUGGCAGGGCUGGGAUUCAGACCUAAUGAGGUGUGAGCCAACAGAUGGUUGGCUACCAUGGUUGGGUUCUCAUAUCUGGUCAUCAGCUGCUCUCUGCCAUCAAUCUGAGGGCUCCUGAGAGACUGGGUCACAUCUGACCCAUGACAUGGAAUUUGCUAACUUUCUUUAUUUGCCUUGACAGGACUAAAGAACCACCUCUCCCUAGCCUCUGUCUGAUACUUCUCUACCUUCCACAUCUCAGGAAAUAGAAUUUUAGAGCUAAAGUCAUGAGAUACCACAUCCAGAGGCUAACAUUUACAGAUAUGUACCUACAAUUAUUUGCAUUUCAUCAAGUUUUCUACACAUAAUACCAAAUACAGAGGAUGAUAAAAAUGAUGUGACAAUGAGGACAUGGAAUGACAGGGAUGCACAUGAAUCCUACAGUGUCGAACUAGCGUCUAGAGUAUUAGAAUCAAAGAACAACAGUGCCAGCAAACUAGAAUUAACUAGAACAUCAUAAGACUAGAGAUUCUAAAGAAGAAGGAACAUUAGCUAAAGAACAAAAGAAGCUUAGGAUGCUACUUUUGUGGACUAUUAGAAUCAGAAGGAAACUUAUAGGUCAUCUGGGCAUAUGUCCCAUACUGGGAAAAUAUAGUUUAAGAGUAAGAAGCACUAAUUUGCUGACAAGAAAAGGGCGGCAGAGACAGGUUCAGAACUGCUGAAGCACAUGUGGAUUUCUGAUCUUUUUGUCUCUGGGAAAAUCUUAUGUGAAUGAGUCUGUGGAGAUCAUACCUUUGGGUAAAGAACGUCCAUCAGGGAAGGUGACAGGUGUUUUGAGUUCUCUGACAACAACUGGUACUGGUGGAUAGAGCCUCAGGGCUUCCUUGAUACACAUGGUGGUGUAGGGCAUCUGGUCCAUGUGGUCCCUGAAGCGAAGGCCAUCCUGAGGGGCAGGUGAGGCCCAGGAUGACCAGCAGCUUGUCCUUACCAGAGGCAGAGCUCUCCCACCUCUUGACCUCUCACUCACCAGGUGAUGGAGGAUCCGUCCCCCAGGAGGCUCUGGACCUCCUCCCUGCACUUCUGCUGAUGCUCAGGGUGUGUGGCCAGAGCAUAGAAGAUCCAGGAGAUACCACUGGCCGUGGUGUCAUGGCCCUCAAACAUGAAGGUGUCCACCUCUGCACUCAGGUCCUUAUUAGACAGGCUGCUUCCAUUCUCCAUCUGGGGAGGCCAUGGAUGAGAGAGCAGGGUUUGUCCCUUGCUCUGCUCCUGGGGAAAGUCACAGGCUUCUUUCCCACACACUCACUUUGGCAAACAGGAGGAUGUCCAGGAAAUCCAAGUGCCUCUUUCUCCUGACCUUCUCCAGUUCUUCUUCAUCCUGCAGCUGAGCCUUUCUCUGCCUGAUCACUUUAUCUGUUCCACAAGAGCAGUUACCAGGCAGGGCUGAGAGCUACAGCAACCCCCAGAAUCCCCAUGUGCCUCCCUGCACCAAUUUGGGUGCCCUGUAGAACUCAGGAUGAGUGUGGUAUGUGGGGCAGGGGGUCCAGCACCAUCUGAUGCAGGUCAAACCUCCCCUCUGGAAUACAGCACAUGGAGUAUCUCUAUAAGCUUUCGGGAUGGGUCUCAUCAAUAUCACCAAUGUGAUGGCACAAGUAAUCUCUUGCACACUGUCUUGCACCCUAACAUCUCAGCUCCCAACCCUUGCAUUAGGAAAGUGCUCAGCAUUUGUGUGUCCAAGGUCCUGCAGGAAUGCCAGGGGACCUGGCUCUGCUUGAGGAGUUGUGGCCAGCUACAUAGGCUGCCCCUGGUAAAGAAGAGGAAGCAAGGAGGAGACAGAACCUGUGUGCUCAUGGGCAAGCUUGCAGGCACGGCGGAAUGAGCGGCCAUCAGAGGACAGACUGUAGAUGAUAUCAUUCUGGUGAAAAGCAUUUCUCAUGCGGUCAAAAAACAGGUUGUUCAUGUCCCCAAUGACUUUGAUGUAGGACUGGGAGUUCCUGAGGGAGAGCAUGCAGAACAUAUUGGACUGUGAAGAGAUGUGAACUGCAGGCAGAGUGGGCUUUGUGUGGGGUUUUCCUGAAUUGUGGGGACAGACAAUACUGAGAUACACAUUACUUCUGCCUUACAAUCCUUGUGACUAGGCUGCCACCUAUAUUGGGGAUCAGGGUUCUGUGGCUGAGACAGGGUUGAUUUUGGUCAGGAAUUAGGGCUCAGCCUGGGGCUGGGGUCAGAAACUCUCUUUUUUGUGGAGGUGUUCAUCCAUACUGCCCUAUCUGCCUCUCAGGUGAGUCCAUAACAAUUGGUAAAAACAAGGACUCUGUAGCUGAAGGGUGGUCACUGACCUGUCCAGCUGGACACUGCCUUGGUAACUGAAGGCACAUUUCAUGAUGGAGUCCAGGGUCAUCAAGGAGAUGUGUUGAAAGAUCUCCAGUGGGGAGUCCUGGUCGAUGUGUUUCCCCCAUUUGUCCUGUGGUGGGAUAGGGGCAAUGAUCUCAUUUUCCCUAGAAGGCUUGUGCAUCUCCAGAUAACCUGUUCCUUGUCCCUGACUUUAGAGAGCAGAUGCACUCAAAAUAGCUAAAAUAAAUGUUUGUUAAAUGGUGCCUAUAUUCUCACAAAUUAUUUAAAAAUUAAGCAUAGCAUUCUGUAAUGUUUUGAAUUUUGAGAGCCAGUUAUAAUGUUUUGUUUGACCAUUAAAAUAUAGAGCUGAGCUCCACCUGAAGACUUAGUGGGACUGUAAUAUUAGGGGACAAAUGUCUAGAGGCCAAAGAAAAUGUAGGUUGCCACUAUGGGCACUUCCAAUGGACCAUUAGGGACUUUGAUUUCUGUUUAUUUAAUGAAAGUUUGCUGACAACAAUUGGGUCAGAAAUCAGAGUUUUGACUACAUUAAGGUUUUAUCUCAAUCCCAUUGGAAGGGCAAUUAUCAAGAAUGCAAAUGACAAUAAAAAUCUGGUGAUGAUGUGGAGAAAAAGGUACACACAUAUAUUGUUGGUGGGACUGCAAAUUAGCACAACUACUCUGGAAAUCAGUAUAGAGGUUCCUCAAAAAAAUAGGAAUAGAUCUAUUGUAUGAUCCAGUUCCACUCCUUGGUAUUUAUCCAAAAGAUCUAAAAUCGGCAUAUUAUAGUGAUGUGGCCACUUCAUAGUUUAUAGCAGCAUGAUUCAUAAUAACCAAGAUAUGGAAUCAGACCAGAUGCCUGUCAACAGAUGAAUGGAUAAAUAAAAUGUGGUGUAUAUACAUAAUGGAGUUUUUUGGAGCCAUAAA